CCCGCAAGCCUCUUUGCCGCGUCAUCAGAGCUGGUCUCCUAUACGUGUGCCUGCUCUUCGAUACUGUUGUAUUUGUCUCUUUGGUAAUGCCUCCAUGGCUGAAGUGGCGCAGAGUAACGUAGUUGAGCUCGCCGAGCAGCUCGCGGAGGGCUUUGCAGCCUUGAGUGGGGAAUACGAAGCCUUCUUUCAUCAGCAGAAGCAGCUCGAAAGCAAGCUGUCGUGGGCUAAGCAACAGUACCUUGACCUCUUGAAACGGUUCACUCCAACAUCGCUUUCGCAGGAUCACCUCACCUUCCUCCAAGACCUAGAGCGCGUUGGAGAUGAGCAACCCAAACUACGACUGAACCUUGUGGAUCAGCUAGCACAAAGCGAUGACGUGGAGCGGAAGAGUCGAGCCGUAGUCAUCAGGAAGGCCGAAGAAGCUGCUAUCAAGCUGCAUGCUCCCGCCAGCGAACCUGGCGUGAAGAUUUGGAGCGGCCCAUUGGCCGAUGAGCCAAGGGUGCUACCUGAUAUACAGACGGAGGUUGCCAAGUCCCCUUUGGAAAAGGACUUCACAACGCCGGGAACCCCUAGUAAACUAGGAUGCCCCUUUGCAUCGACUAGUGGCCGAGGCAGCCCAUUAGCUACACCACGUAGUUCGACUUCACGAUUGAGUUUGCGAGGCAGGAGGUCAAAGCGCCCGUCUUUUACCGACCCAAUCCGCGCGGAGAUUUGCAGCAACGAUCUCGCCUUGGAAACGCCUUCAGUGGCUGCUUCCGGGUCUGCCGCUGUCUGCCCGAUCCGAUUUCUCGACCAGCACGACCCUGAAGAGGUUGCCAAGUACUUUGAGAAGCACAAGCACGAGCUACCACGUAGCCACGAGGUGUGCAUCACUCGCUUCCAGAGUAAUCAUGAGAGCAUAGAACAACUUGACCGAAAAUAUGGCAACUUGGCCAACAUGAUUCAAGGAUUAGGCCAGAAGCACCAGGCAUGGCUUCCAGAAGACCCAGAAGACGCUAUCGAAGAAGAGCCCGAGCUUGAGGAAAACCCUGACCCGGAUGCUAAGGCAGACGCCAAGGUCCAGAAGUGGGCUACAGCUGUUUCGGCAAGUCUACACGGUGGUACGCCAUCUGAAAUAGAAGAGCCAGAAGAACAGCUUAUGGACGAGAUAAGGACAACGCACUUUGACCGGCCGUUCAAAGAGGUUAGGGUCGGAGAGUCACCGAGCCGACCGUGGGGCAUCACGAUCCCGUCCAAAUAUACUAACGCAGAAAGCUCAUCUUCGGUGGGUUCCGCUGCGACUGCGUCCCCGCAGUUUCCACUUGAUACUGCCCGGCCGGUUGGCGAGACGCCACAAAAGUCCGGUAAAUGCCCUUUCGAUCACCUUGCUAUGGGGAAGAUGCCCGAGCAGCAGACUCCGCGACCAGCUCCACACCCGCAAUUAAAGCCUGCGCCCUCGGUGUUUCCUCUACCGCCUUCAGAACUUCCACCACAACCACAGCCACCGGCCCAAGAACAACCAAGUCGAGAACAAGAAGCUCCCAAGGUAGUCCCGCAAAUGAUUUUCAAUGGUCCAGUCUUCCUUGGCUAUCCUCCAGAUCAGUUGAUUGCUCUAUUGCAGAACAGUAAUCUUGGAGCUGCAAUGCGGUGAGCGUAGCGCUACUGAUACAUUUUUCAUUCGAAGGGGCCAUUUGAUCUGAGGUACUGUAUUUUAAUCUGAAGGUAGGCUCUGAAACUGCUUCUUUGAGCAUCUGUUACUGCUGGCCUUUUCGCAUGUCUUGUGCUCUGUCCCGCACACGCUUAUCCCUCGUCUCAAUUGUCGUACUCUAGUCGACUCUUGAAGGCUUGCAUGCCGGUACUGACUCAUCCGAAUCUGUGCUUUUGCGAGGUGUUUGCCUCAAUCUGGUUACUACAUGGCGGUGCCAUGGCCAUCUUCAGCCCUCUAACAG